CAGGUUUCUCUUGACUGAUUCACACAACGUACUCUGCAGUCGUUACAAUCUUAUCGUCUUCGCCUAUACAUUACGCCCCAACAAUAAGACCACGAGACAGGUACUGCUGACAUUGUACACCAUUUUGAUAACAUCCACUGCAAGACGAACGGGAGCACAAACAUCUACUCCUAUUUUCUGUAGGAAGGCAUUUUCUUCAUGGAUUCCUUCACCAAGAAAUCUCUAGACGCACAUAACAAGUACCGCAGUCAACACAAUGUUCCACUCCUGACGUGGUCCAGCGAACUCGCACGAGAGGCACAAGCAUGGGCCAAGAAUAUCGCGAAAAAGAACAAGUUGAUGCACGCCAAAGAUCGUAAGUCUGGCGAGGGCGAGAAUAUUUUUAUGAGUAGCUCGGCGGACUUUGACGAUGCCGGUGCAGAUGCCACUGAUUCAUGGUACUCGGAGGUCAAGAAUUAUAAUUUCAAGAAAGGAGGMUACCAGCCCAACACAGGCCAUUUCACGCAAGUUGUGUGGAAAAGCUCUAGUGAACUGGGAAUGGCUCGUUCCAAGGCAAAGAAUGGCUGUGUUUACGUCGUAGCACGAUACAAACCAGGAGGAAACAUGAUGAAUGAAUUCGAUGAAAACGUUCUUCCAAAGGUAUCCUCAGGAGAAUCUUCACCAGACACGAAYAACAAGAAAAAUAUUUCUAAAGAAAAGCAGGAAAGUGAAAGGACGCCUGGAGAAAGUAAUCAAUGUGCAAAGGGAAAGCAAGAAAUGGCUCCAGUUCAUGUGAACACUACGAAACCCUCGUCAUACUUAUUUGUUGGAUGAUAAAUUAAUAUCCCAUAUCGUGCAAACACACAACCAGUACCGUGUAAUGCAUGGUGCUGCUCCCAUCAAAUGGUCACAAAGUCUAGCAAAAGCCGCGCAAGCCUGGGCCGAGAAGAUUUCCCACGAGCAACGCCUUGUACAU